AUGCAGCCCGUGGAGGCCCCGCGCGACAUCCCACUGCGCGUCUUCAACCGCCUGGGCUCGAACCAGUUCGUGCUAAGCUUGCAGCUUUGGGCAGGCGACGAUGUGCUCACGCGUGUGCUGGAAGUGUUCCAGCAAGGGCAGCUUCCCAGCUGCUUCUUCCAACCGACGCUCGAGUACGCCAUCCUGGCAGUUCGGGAAGCUUUGGCAGAUGGUGAGGAAGAUGGAGCUUUGGCAAACGUGGACCUCCCAUCUUCCAUACAGAUGCCAUCCUCAGAUCCACCCUUUGCCCGCGCUUGCAGUCAGCCGGUGGGCAUCAAUGCCCGACUGAGAGCGUUGCAGCUGCGGGGGCUGGUUCCGCCCGACAGCUGUGCAUGGGGCCCUCAGCUGCGGACGUGUGAUGGGUUGCAUGUGAGCUGGGACAUGACCUUCUGGUGCGCAUACGACUUUCUCUUGCGGCAUCGUCCGGCUUUCUUCCGCACGAUUGGGACUCUGGAAGAGUCGUACUUGAAAGGUAUCCGGGAGUUGGGAGCAGGCCGCGCCGUUGCAAUCUCUGAGCUCCAGCGCUGCCAAAGCAUGGAGAUGGAGAAGGUUCGCCAGGAGAAAGAGGACAAGGAGGAGGACGGCAGUACCCCCAGAGACAUUCACGUCUUGGUUGGCCAGCAUGUGAGUGAGAUUGAUGCCUUGGAGUUGCACUGGCAAAGUGAGAUCGAGCAGCUCAAGGCCAAGCAGAAAGCCUCCUACAGGGAAUUGGUCGUCGACUUCUUCCACCGGGAGAUGGAGAUGGCCAACCUUCAAGAGACCAAAGAGACUGGGACGGCUCAGAAUGAGGUACAGCAACCAGCACAGCCCAGCCUGCUCUCACAGCUUGCACGCCCUUUGCGGCCCGAACUGCCACCGCUUGAAGAGACUUCUACAAGUGCAGAGGAAGCCCCCUUGGCCCUCCCAGCUGGAAGCCGCCUCACGCAGAUCUGCGAGGUGCGGACAGUGUUCGGUCGCCAGUCCUUCUUCGUGCUGCGCCUCUGGAUCGGUGAUGUUAUGGACUUCGCCGGAGGAGCCACGGAAUCGGAGGUCACAGACGAUGGAGAUGGUGCAGGCCCGCAGCUGCCAAAGACUUUCCUUGGCAUCGACAGCUAUGGGCGUCAAGAUUCCUUUGUGGCUGGCAGUGCGUACGCGAGCCGUCAGGGUGGCGGCUUGCCGCGGAUUCAGGCUGCAUGGACGAAAACGCGUGCUCUUCCCAACCACGUCGUUCGCGGACAGUUUGGAGGCAUUCCUUUCUUUCGCUCUGCUUCCCUGCGCUUCUGGGAGGCACCAAGACUACCACCUCCCGUCACGUUGUCCCCAAAUGCUUACUCUGACAAGCUGCGCGGCAUUGUGAUCCCGACCUUGGAACACUUGAAGUUCGAAACGUCCCAGGCAUCGAUGCUGCGAGAGUUUGCCAUGCGCUGUUCUCGGGUGAGCGAUUUUCACUUCAGCCCCCUAAACGAGCAGCUCCGGGCUGUCAAGGAACAGGAGAAGGAAUCGACUCCCUUGAGGGCCGGCGACUACUUCUGCACGCGGCAUUCGAAUCUCGGAGGACAGGUGCAGGCUGCCUUUCACCUCCUCGUGUCGGCUCCUGUGGCAGAGGCCUCGGCACCCGCAGAUGAGGUCCCCGCACCCAUCCACCGGGCUCUGAAGCGCAUGCUCUGGGACUGCCACCGCUGUCGUGUUGCAGAACUGACGAUUCCACUGCUGCUCAUUGACAUUGGCACUUUUGAGACCUCUUUGCCCUAUGCAGUGGCUCAGCGACGAGCGGAGAAUUCUCUUCGAGCUUUGAAAGGGGCACUGACGGCCUUGACGGAUGAUUUAUCGCCAUCAGAGCUGCCAGGCUUGGAAUUGAUCAAUUUGGUGCUACCGCUGUCCUGUUCACAGAGCGUCAGCAGCAAUGUGCCGUCUGUGGCGAGCACGACUCAGACGUUCCUGAGGCACUCGUUUCAAUGUGUGUAA